CUCAUGCAUUUAACCUUGGUUUUAUUUUGGCUUAAAGGAGACGCAACAAAGUGGUAACGCGACAUGGCCCGUGCAAAUAGUUAGGUUUACUAUAGCUUUAAGAAUGCAAAAUAGUGUCUGGUUCUUUAAAAAUGGAUAUUGGUUUAUUAUUAUAGUAAGAAUUAAGAAAGUUUUUUUUAAAUUAUUGAUCAAUAAAUGAAUGCUUAUCAUUUGCGGACAAGGCCCGAAUUCUGUGAAUUAUGUCACAGUCGGAUUACGGCCUUUAGCUAGCAAUCCAAGCGUUUGAUCGAUGUAUCAAAUGUAAUUAUUUUUUCCCUGUCAGUACAGUAUCAGAGAAAGUAAUAAAUACGACCCGGGACAAAAGGUUAGGAACCAGGAACACGCGGUGAUGGAGCCGCAAAUCGGCGAUAACAACAAAAGGGAAGAGCCCGAAGACGACAAGGCCACGGCCCAAUCCCCGGCCUCGAGUGCAGCGAUCACCCCGCGCAGGACUUCGAGAGGCCGAGGAGUCGGCCGGAAGAAGGGGGUUUCUCCUUCACCGUGUACGAAUGGAGCAACACCAGGCACUCCGAGUUCUGGACGAGUGUUACGAGACCGGUCUACACGAACGGUACCAGCUUGGUUGCAGAGCGAGAAGAGUGACGAUGCAGAAGAAUCGAGCCCUGACAAAGCCGUAAACCGCAGGAGGAAGGCUGCUUGUCCACGACCCAGGAAAAAUGCCUCCUCCGCAGCUCCAACAGAGAGUACAGAAAAGGUCGGGAAUGACGACAGUAGUCAAGCUCAUGACUCAGGGGACCCAAAGAAACCCACUGUUCAAGCCCCCCCUCACUCACAGAAUGCUCAGGCGCGUGCCAAGGCCCCUUCUGCCCGGGGUGCCAGGGGGUCCGCCAAACUUGUGUGCAAGAGUGAGCCUGGCACCGACACCCCAACCGUGGAGGCAAAGGUAGUCGAAAAGAAGACAUUUGGGAUUGAGAAAAAAGAGGAGAAUGAGGAAGAUGUUCUCUUGGGAGGAGAAGAUGAGCCUCCUUUCCAAGAUGACCCGAAAGACCUCAGCUUCCAGCCACAGUCACAGAGUGGGGAGGAGGUAAUCAGCAGUGACGAGGACAUUCCCUUCAGAGAUGACCUCAACGACCAGAGCUACAACCCAGAGGCUGAGACUACUAGGGAUGUCCCCAAACCACGGCGCAAACCCCCAAGACAGAAAGAGAAGGAGCCAGGAAUCAAGAUAGAGGGCACAGAUGUGAAGCUGGAGAAUGAGUUCGGAGAGGGGGAUUUGCCCAGAAAAAGAGGCAGGCGAAGGAAAGAUGAUAAAAGUCCCCGGCUCCCGAAAAGAAGGAAGAAGCCCCCGGUGCAGUACGUGCGUUGUGAGAUGGAGGGAUGUGGCACAGUCCUGGCUCACCCUCGCUACCUGCAGCACCAUAUUAAGUACCAGCACCUGUUGAAGAAGAAGUUUGUAUGUCCUCACCCAUCCUGUGGAAGACUCUUCAGGCUGCAGAAACAGCUACUUCGCCAUGCCAAGCACCACACAGACCAGAGGGACUACAUCUGCGAGUUCUGCGCCCGCGCCUUCAAGAGCUCCCACAAUCUGGCCGUGCACCGCAUGAUCCACACCGGAGAGAAACCACUGCAAUGUGAGAUCUGCGGCUUCACCUGCCGCCAGAAGGCCUCCCUCAAUUGGCACAUGAAGAAGCACGACGCUGAUGCCACCUACCAGUUCUCCUGCUCCAUCUGUAACAAGAAGUUUGAGAAGAAGGACAGUGUGGUGGCCCACAAGGCUAAGAGCCACCCAGAGGUGCUCAUCGCCGAGGCCCUGGCGGCCAACGCAGGGGCCCUCAUCACUACCCCCGCCUCCCUGCUGGAGGCCUCUGGAAUGGGUUCUGUCGGGAACCAGGGGGAGCUGGUACGACUGGAGCCCGCCCAGCAGAUGACUCAAGUGGGGCAACAGGUGGCUCCGCUGGGGCAGGUGACCCAAGUGGGCGAACAAGUGACCCACAUGGGGCAACAGGUAGCUCAGAUGGGUCAGGUGAGCCACCAGGUGGUAGUAGUGAGUCAGGACCAGGGCCUCCAUGCCAUGCAGAUGCCCCUAACCAUUGCCCUGUCUCCCAUCGACCCCCCAUCGCCCUCCGACACCCAGCAGCAACCCCACCACACCCUCCAGCUCCAGAUGCCCCUUCAUUUUGUUCAGCAGGUGGCAGCCGCUUCCCCGCAGCAGCAGUCGCAGCAGCAGCAGGCCCAGAUCCAGCAACUGGCCCUUCAUUCCAGCUCGGUGGUAACCCAGCAGCAUCAGCCCCACCAGCUCCAGCAAAUGACCCUGCAGUCUUAUCAGCAGAAUCAGCAGCCGCAGAUUCUCCACAUGACCUUCCAGACCGUCGACGGGUCGCAGACCCAUCUCCAGCAGAUCCCCCUGUUAGCCACCCCCCAGCAACUUCAAACCCUCCAGAGUAGCUCCCAUAUUUCUACCGCCAACCUCCCUCUCAUGGCCCAGGUCCAACCCCAACCCCAAACUCAGGACAUUCAGCUUCAGGACCCAACCACUGUGGGUUGUAGCGAAAGCUACACUCUGGACGAUUCUGUUCUCUCUGCCUCCUCUCCUUCCGCUAACACCCUUCAACAGUGUGAGACUGUAGGGGAGGGAGAGGUAGUUUGGGAAGGGGGCGGAGAGGGAGACGGAGUAGAAGAGGGGGAUGUCUUGACUGAUGCCACAGAAGUACACAUGCAACAUGUACUUAUCUAG